AUGGCUGCUUCUAGAUUAUGUUCCGCGGCGGCGAUAGCAGCUGCGUUCACUUCAAUGUCAAUGUCUCAGAACCGUGCUUACGCCGAUUCUCGUUCCUGGUUUCCCUUCUUCUCUUCUUCUCCUCCUCCUCCUCCUCCCCCGUCAGAUUCUCCGGCGAAUCAGUCUUCUUCAAGCUCUAAACCAGAGCCCAACGAGCCCAAAGGAUCCGGUUUUGAUCCAGAGGCCCUUGAGAGAGCUGCUAAAGCUCUUCGAGAGAUCAAUAGCUCUCCCCAUUCCAAGCAGGUGUUUGAUCUCAUGAGGAAGCAGGAGAAAACUCGGUUAGCUGAAUUAGAAUCAGAUAAAUCUCACAACAGCGCUAUUCUAGCUCACAAGGAUAUCGAGAGACAGCAGAAAUUGGCCGAGGCGCAGAGAAACCUUUUGCAGACACAGGCGCAAACCAAAGCUCAGAAUCUUCGAUACGAAGAUGAGCUAGCCAGAAAGAGACAACAGACGGAUCAUGAAGCUCAGAGAAAUCACAAUGCUGAAUUGGUUAGGAUGCAAGAAGAGUCUUCUAUCAGGAAAGAGAGGGCAAGAAUCUCCACAGAAGAGCAGAUCCAAGCUCAGCAACGCCAAACUGAGAAAGAGAGAGCUGAACUUGAGAGAGAGACGAUCCGAGUCAAAGCCAUGGCUGAAGCUGAAGGUCGAGCUCACGAAGCCAAACUCACUGAGGAGCAAAACAGAAGACUGCUUAUGGAUAGGAUCAAUGGUGAAAGAGAGAAGUGGCUUGCUGCUAUUAACACAAUGUUUGGUCACAUCGAAGGAGGAUUCAGGACUCUGUUAACUGACCGGAAUAGACUGAUUAUGACUGUUGGAGGUGCUACAGCAUUAGCUGCUGGUGUUUACACAACUCGUGAAGGAGCUAGAGUUACAUGGGGUUAUAUUAAUAGGAUACUUGGCCAACCAUCACUUAUCCGAGAAUCCUCCAUGGGAAGGUUUCCAUUGGCAAGCUCAGUGUCUCAGUUGAAGAACAGAAUCACAGGAGCAGCAGCCGCAGCUGCAGCAGAAGGGAAAAAGCCGCUUGACAAUGUGAUUCUCCAUCCUUCUCUAAAGAAGCGGAUCGAGCAUCUUGCUAGGGCUACAUCGAAUACCAAAUCCCAUCAAGCACCGUUCCGGAACAUGAUGUUUUAUGGACCUCCUGGUACCGGUAAAACUAUGGUGGCAAGGGAAAUUGCUCGGAAAUCGGGUCUGGAUUAUGCGAUGAUGACAGGAGGAGAUGUUGCUCCCUUGGGAUCACAAGCUGUUACUAAAAUCCAUCAGAUAUUCGAUUGGGCUAAGACAUCUAACAAAGGUCUACUUCUUUUCAUUGAUGAAGCUGAUGCAUUUCUAUGCGAGCGUAACAACACUUACAUGAGCGAAGCUCAGCGUAGUGCACUAAACGCAUUGCUCUUCAGAACCGGUGAUCAGUCCCGAGACAUUGUUCUUGUCUUAGCUACAAACAGACCUGGAGAUCUCGACAGCGCGGUUACAGACAGGAUCGAUGAAGUGAUUAUGUUCCCACUUCCAGGUGAAGAAGAACGUUUCCAGCUUCUGAAUCUCUACCUCAACAAGUACUUGAAGAAGGGUGAGGACAACAGAGACGCAAAACCGAAAUGGAGCCAUUUGUUCAAGAAGGUGUCACAGAAGAUUACAGUUGAAGCAGACUUGACUGAUGAAGUGAUCUCUGAGGCGGCGAAGAAGACUGAAGGGUUCUCUGGCCGUGAAAUCGCAAAGCUUGUGGCUGGAGUACAAGCUGGAGUGUACGGACGAGCGGAUUGUGUAUUGGAUUCGCAGCUUUUCAAAGAGAUUGUUGAGUAUAAAGUUGAAGAACAUCACCAGAGGAUUAGGCUUGCUUCUGAAGGCUUUCAACCAUUACUCUCUUAG